UCUAUAAAGAAAUUGCCCCCGAGGAAAAUAAAAGCGGCUGUUCGUCGUAUUGUUCAUCAUUCUCGAAGGAAACCGCCGGAGAGAGUUUGAUCCAAAAAAUGGCUCCGAAGAAGAAACCACUAAAGCAGAGCAAGAAAAGCUCCGGUUCUUCGUCGUCAUCUUCGAAACCAAACAAGCAGAACUCUUCUUCUGCUCCUAAGUUGCAGAUAUCGGCGGAGAACGAGAAUCGGUUGCGGCGGCUCUUGCUGAACACCGGCCUCUCUGCUUCCGCCGCUCCGCUGCCUCCGAACCCACUUCAGAGUUCGCUCUCCAGGACCCAGAAGGCGAAGAAACUCACAGAUGUGUAUGAGAAGCUCUCUUGUGAAGGGUUCUUGGAUGAUCAGAUCGAGCUUGCUCUCUCUUCUCUCCGAGAUGGUGCGACGUUUGAAACUGCCCUUGAUUGGCUUUGCUUGAAUUUGCCGAGUCACGAGUUGCCUCUGAAGUUUUCAACUGGAACUUCCCUGUUUCCGACCGAAGGCGGUUCUGUGGGUGUGAUAUCAAUUUCAAGGGAAGAUUGGGUUGAGCCGGCAGACUCUUCAGCCCGGUUUGAGCAGGAAAAGCCUGAAGUUUUAGUUCAGGCAAAGGGCAAACGUGAUCAAGAUACUCUUACUUCUUGCCAAUCAUCUCAGGCUGAUUGGAUCCGUCAAUAUAUGGAAAGACAACAAGAGGAGGAAUUGGAAUCGUGGGAAGAUGAGGCAGACGAUAUUGGCUUCGGCAAGGAGGUGUCUGGCCCAAGGCAUUUCGAUGUUAUUGUCAAAGACUAUUGUGCGGCAAGGUUGGAUGCUAUGAAAGCAAAGGAAAAAGGUGAUAAAAAAGGGCAGCAGCGAGCAGGCCAAGCCAUAUCUGUGCUCAAGCAAGAGAUAUCUGCUCUAGGGCUUCCAGAAGGAAUGUUGGAAUCAGAAUUUCAGCGUGAACAAGCAUUAAACAGCACUAUUGAAGAAGGAUUUACUGUUUCCAUGCCUGAUAACAUUGAUGGGUCAGUAAGUGCUGAUGUUACUCCGUUUCAGCCAUCAGAUGACCCGACCAUGGAUGAAACAUCUGUUGGAAGUGGUAGAUCUGAGGAGGUUCAACCCAAAGCUCUCCCUUCAAGUUCCUCUGGACAAGAACUGGUUGCCUCAGAUGGUUCUACAGAGGAUGUGGAGCUUGGUGAUAUGUUCUCGGAAGAUGUUCCUCCUGCCGAAGCUUCUCCCCAUGAAAUCCUAGAAUUGCAAAAGAAGGAAAUGAUGAGAGAACUAUGCAGCGAGAAAAAUCUGGUGAAACUAGAGGGCAUUUGGAAGAAGGGUGAAUCACGGAGGAUCCCUAAGGCUUUCCUCCAUCAAUUGUGUCAAAGGUCAGGGUGGGAAGCGCCAAAGUUCAACAAAGUAGUUGAAGAAGGAAGGAGUUUUUCAUAUAUUGCAAGUAUUCUGCGUAAAGCCACUGGACGGGGUAAAAGCAGACAAGCUGGGGGACUGGUCAGCCUUCGACUUCCUGGAAAGGAUGAAAUAUUUGAGUCCACUGAGGAUGCACAAAACAAAGUUGCGGCAUUUGCUCUUUAUAAACUAUUUUCUGAUUUACCUGUUCACUUUGCAAUUACGGAGCCUUAUGCAUCUCUUAUUUUGACGUGGAAACAAGAGGAAUUGUUGGGUAACGUACAGAGAGAAGAAGAUCGAAGAGCUGAUUUUGUUGAUAGGUUGCUUAAGACGGACAGUUCUAGUUUGGGUGCUUCUCCCGAGAUUAUCAAUGACGCGCAUCAAGUUUUGGACCUUAAUGUCGGAGAGAAUGAUCGCUUGGGUGUUCUCAUUUCUGACCAAAAAGCUAAAAGACACUCUACCAUAGAGGCUGAAAGUUUCUCCCUGAGACAAAAGCAACAAAACAAAAUGAAAAUUCCGAAGUACCAGAAUAUGUUGAAAACUAGAGCUGCGCUUCCUAUAACUGAAGUGAAGAAUGACAUAUUGCGGCAUCUGAAGGAAAAAGAUGUCCUGGUGGUAUGUGGAGAAACAGGUUCUGGAAAGACUACACAGGUACCUCAAUUUAUAUUGGAUGAUUUGAUUGAAUCGGGUCAUGGUGGAUAUUGUAAUAUCAUAUGCACACAACCUCGGAGAAUAGCUGCUAUCUCUGUUGCUCAAAGAGUUGCUGAUGAGCGUUGUGAAUCCUCUCCAGGCUCAGAUGAUUCCUUGGUUGGUUAUCAAGUUCGUCUCGAAAGUGCAAGGAAUGACAAAACAAGGCUGCUCUUUUGUACGACUGGCAUUCUACUGAGGAAACUUGCAGGGGAUAAAUCCUUGAAAGGGGUUACACAUAUCAUAGUUGAUGAAGUGCAUGAGCGGUCUCUUUUGGGUGACUUUCUUCUCAUUAUUUUGAAGAACCUAAUUGAGAAGCAAUCCUGUGAUGAUGCCACACCUAAGUUGAAAGUUAUCCUCAUGUCGGCUACUGUUGAUGCAGAGCAGUUUUCAAGAUAUUUUGGGCAUUGUCCUGUAGUUACUGCACAAGGACGAACUCAUCCAGUUACUACUCAAUUUCUGGAAGACAUUUAUGAGCUUACAAGUUAUCAUCUUGCUCCAGAUUCUCCUGCUGCUCUAAGAUCUGACAGUUCAAUAAAAGACCAGCUUGGUCCUGUAAACGACCGUAGGGGAAAAAAGAAUCUUGUCUUGGCUGGCUGGGGCGACGAUUAUCUGCUCUCUGAAGGCCCUUCUAACCCAUUUUAUGAUCCCAGUAAUUACAGCUCAUACUGUGAUCAGACACAGAAAAAUUUGAAAAGAUUAAAUGAGGAUAUUACUGAUUAUGAGCUUCUUGAAGAGUUGAUAUGCCACAUUGAUGACACUUGUGACGAGGGAGCUAUUCUUGUAUUUUUGCCUGGAGUGUCUGAAAUUUACACGUUACUUGAUAGGUUGGCUGCCUCGUAUCGAUUUGGUGGGCCUUCUGCCGAUUGGCUUCUUCCUCUACAUUCUUCUAUUGCAUCUGCAGAACAAAAAAAGGUGUUUCUGCGUCCCCCUGAAAACAUACGGAAGGUUAUUGUAGCUACCAAUAUUGCGGAGACCAGUAUAACAAUAGACGAUGUUGUGUAUGUGAUUGACUCUGGAAAACACAAGGAAAAUCGUUAUAAUCCACAAAAGAAAUUGUCAAGCAUGGUGGAAGAUUGGAUCUCUCAAGCAAAUGCAAGACAAAGAAGAGGAAGAGCUGGACGUGUUAAACCUGGAAUUUGCUUUUCCUUGUACACUCGUCAUAGGUUCGAGAAGCUUAUGCGUCCGUAUCAGGUUCCUGAGAUGAUGCGGAUGCCUCUGGUAGAGUUAUGUUUACAAAUCAAGUUGCUUGGUCUGGGCUACAUAAAGCCUUUUCUGUCCAAGGCUUUGGAACCUCCAAGUGAAGGAGCUAUAGCCUCUGCGAUUUCAUUGUUACAUGAGGUUGGUGCCAUUGAAGGGGAUGAAGAGUUAACACCACUCGGGCAUCAUUUGGCAAAACUUCCUGUUGAUUUGUUGAUUGGGAAGAUGCUGCUGUACGGUGGAAUAUUUGGUUGCCUAUCACCAAUUCUCUCAAUUGCUGGGUUUUUGAGCUAUAAAUCUCCAUUUUUAUACCCUAAAGAUGAGAAACAACAUGUCGAUAGGGCCAAACUUGCUCUUUUGACUGAUAAGCCUGGUUCAAGUGAUUCGAAUAACAAUGACAAACAAUCUGAUCACCUGCUGAUGAUGGUUGCAUAUGACAAAUGGGUGAAGAUACUGCACGAGCAAGGACCGAAAGCUGCACAGAGAUUCUGUGAUUCAAAUUUUCUAAGCGGUUCAGUGAUGCGGAUGAUAAGAGACAUGAGAGUACAAUUUGGAACACUGCUUGCUGACAUUGGGCUCAUUGAUGUUCCUAAGAUUCAAGGGAGAAAAUCAGAGACUCUUGAUUUAUGGUUUUCUGAUAAAUCUCAGCCCUUCAAUUUGUAUUCACAACAGCCGGAAAUUGUUAAGGCUAUAUUAUGCGCAGGACUAUACCCUAAUAUUGCUGCCACUGAAAAGGGAAUUACAGAUGCAGCAUUCAAAAGCCUUACAAAGAAAGAACAGCAGCCAAAGCCUUAUGCUUUGUUUGAUGGCAGAAGGGAGGUCCAUAUUCAUCCAUCCUCGAUUAACAGCUCCUUAAAAUCAUUUCAAUACCCUUUUGUCGUGUUCCUCGAGAAGGUCGAAACGAACAAAGUAUUUCUGCGGGAUACCACCGUUGUUUCUCCUUUCUCCAUUCUACUUUUUGGUGGUUCAAUCAGCAUUCACCAUCAGAUUGGAACAGUCACCAUUGAUGGAUGGUUGGAGCUGACAGCACCUGCCCAAACUGCAGUCUUGUUCAAAGAACUCCGAGUAACCCUUCAUUCCAUUCUCAAAGAUCUCAUACGAAAGCCCGAGAAAUCAAGCAUUGUUCAUAAUGAAGUGGUCAAGUCGAUGGUUAAUCUGCUGCUGGAAGAAGGCAAACCUAAACACAGUUAAGAGCUUAGGAACUUGGAGAAAAAACGACUGAUUUCCAGCUGAAGCUCUCCAUGUGAUUGCCGAAAUCUCCAUGACUACAUAAACUGCAAGAGUCUGGAGGCAAAUCCCAGAGCUUGAGCCUGAUUAUUACAGUAACAUAAAGACAAUAAAUACAACUAAUAUAUAUAUAUAUCCACCUCUAGGUUGAACCAUACAAAAAAGGAGAUGGAUUGUCUCUUACAUGCUUUUGGAUCAUGGGUCACGGAAGAUGUAUUGGGUUGAAGGUUCAUUGACUCUUGUCAUAAAAAAAAUAUAUAUUCAAAACAAACUCUAAAUUUUA